UCCUCUCCAUUUCUUAGUGUUUCAUUUCGUCUUCCUCCCCUCGACGCUUUUCCCCAUGACGCGCACCCAAGGCGAUUUUGUCGGUGCGGCGGCGAUUUGGUCCAGCGAACUCGCGCUCCUCGACGCAGAGUGCUGCCGAAGUAAUUCAGUCAUAACUCACUUCCUCAACAAUUGGGUGAUCUAUUUGGAAGCCUCAACUCACUUUUCAGAGUUGUAAGAUUUUCUGAUCCUUUUUCUUCAUUACAAGACUUAACUUUACCUCAUUAAUUUCUUACACCACCCCUUUUUCAUCCCAAAGGUCAAUGAGCAGAUGAAUUAUGUUCUAUGAAACGUAGCAUUAGGAAUAACAACGUUGCCUUUUCUUAAAUCUUAAGACAUCAACUAAGAAUGAAUGUGCUUCCCUUCUAGAAACACAGAAUGUAAAAGGACUGAGUUUACAUUAGUGGAUCCGCAGUGGUUGCAUACUUGCAUCCGCACUGUUUUAUGUCAGUAUGCUAUUGUUCUGUGUUACUGUAUAUUAUUUUUGCAGUGAACUAUGUAUAUAGCUCAUCUAAAGAAUUGCAAACCAAAAUAAUAUAAAUUGCAUAUACAGAGAACCGCAAUUGUCAUUCUGACUAUAUGCAAUUUGGUUGUACAAGCUUGCUAUACUAUUUGUAUUUUGAGUUUAGCCUAAAAACAUCAGGUGAUUUCUUACAAGUUGUCUUCCGGUGCUGAUCAUAAUUGUAAUUUAUGUAAAUUGCAAGUAUGUAGCAGUGCAAUUGUAGUUUUGAUAAUAUGCAAUAUGUUGGUGUUGAACCAUUUGCCUUGUUUUAUUUUAUUUUUUCUGCUAGAUGAUCUUAAUGGCCGAUGAUUUUGUAUAUUUUUACGAUCUGUCUUUCCUGUGUAAAUAUGUGCGGCACACUUCAGCGAGCAGCGUCCCCAUCCAGGAGUUGUUCCAUCUGCAUGAGAAAAUAGGAAUUUUUAUUUAUCAUUGCAGGUGGCCGAGUUGGUUGACUGAAGUCCCGACAAUCAACAAGUAUAGGAGCUGCAUACAUUAAAGAGGGCAAACCAGCUCUGUUAACACUACUGCACAGUACACUUGGCAAAUCUGAUGCUAUUAUUUAUAUUGUCUUCUAAUAUAACAUCAAGGCUUGAGGCUAAAUCAGUGAUUCAAAGAUACCAAUGUUACAACUGUUAUAUGUUUUUGUUUCCUAUCUAUAAGUUUCUAAAUUUUCAUUUAAGUGUGAAUAAGAUUGGAGUUACUCUAUAUUGAUCCUAGUUUCAUAGAUUUGAUGUUAACUUGAUGUUUUCUUGAGGCAGGGCCAACAAGAUGUAGAGAUGAUAUAUAAGUUUUCUUGCACUAUACUUGUAUACUUGUAGUCACUGCAAUUAUCAGCCACUGCUAAAUGUUUCUGUUCACAUCUUCCUGUUCAUGAAAACCGAACAAAAAAUUAAGUUAAUUAAUUACAAUCUAUAUUAAUGUAAAUUGCAAAUAUUGAGCACCGCAAUUGUAGUUCUGAGCAUAUGCAAUGUUCGGAAACUUAAUUUACCUCAUGAGUAUAAUUGGUUGUUUAAAGCAAAUUUGUAUUUGUGUCACUUUUCACAGGCACAUGUUAACUCUAGUUGCAACAAGCUUCAUACAUGCACCAGCCAUUUUGGUACACCGAAGCACAUACAAAUCUUUAUGAAGACCCUCACUAGCAAGACCAUCACCCUCAAGGUUGAGUCCUCGGACACAAUUGACAAUAUCAAGGCAAAGAUCCAGGACAAUUAGGGAAUCCCGCCAGAUCAGCAGCGCCUAAUCUUUGCUGGCAAGCAGCUCGAGCAUGCUGUAAUCCAAAUUUGUGUUGUUGUCUAUAGUUUUUGAAGGCUUUUGCUUUGCUUUGUGUGGUUCUGACCAGAUAAGAUGCUUUGCUUACCUUAUAUACAGAAUACUCAUUUUUUAGUUUAGGAAACCUCAAUGAUUGGUAAAUAUGCUCUAGCACAAUCUCACAUAAGCAUUUAAAUGAAAAGCAUAUCUUGUACAUAUUUGUUCUGCUAUAGCUUCUACAUAUCUGUUGCAUAGAAAUUACAACAUAUUUUCUCUAUAUGGGCCUCUUUUAGAAUGGAGGCAGCCAACAAUCGUGUGGUAGCUUGUAAUAAAGCACACAGUUUUUCUUUUGUCGUAAAUUAUAUGUUUUGCAUGUAGCCAACAACCAUGUGCUAUCUAGUUUAAAAACACAUGGUUUUUAUCUCUUACAAAUCGUGUGUUUUGUAGCUAGCAAACAACCAUGUGGUAGCGUUUGCUAAAACACAUGGUUAUUCAGUAGACAGACUCUUGGGAUAUAUUGCAUUCAGGUUUAAUUCUUUCCUUACACUGCAAGAAAGGUUGUUACGCUUGCAAAAAAAUCAAUCACCUAUUAAUUUACCUUAAUAAGGACAUACAGAAGGCAAAAUGCUAUAGACAUGAAUCAAACGUAACAACAGAUAUUGGCAAUUCUGGACCUUCGUCGCCAAUCGCGCUUAAUUGUACGCAAUCAAAAUAGUGAGAGAGAUUUUUUACUGGUAAACAAACCAAUUGCUCAUCUGCUCGGCACCAACCAAGCUUUCCCGUGACCAUGCACUUGUUGCUUCUCAACUGCAGCAUCGUCCUUCAAGCCGGGAGCAGAGACAUAUAUGUCCAUCGUGUCUCCUAAUGCUGCAUCCUUCAACCUCUAGCUGAUCAACGAUCUCAUCUGGUAUUCACCACUGCUUCCUUCCUCCUGAUACCACAAAUUGAAGUCUUCGUUGCUACUUUCUCUCUUUUUGUUCACAAGAUCACGAUGGUGAGUAGCGCCAUGGACACGACGGCGAGUAGCAAGCAUGCGUCAUCCAUGCUCGCCCCUAACCCUGGCAAGGCGACGAUCCUUGCCCUCGGCCACGCCUUCCCGCAGCAGCUUGUGAUGCAGGACUACGUCGUCGACGGCUUCAUGAAGAACACCAACUGCGACGACCCGGAGCUCAAGGAGAAGCUCACCAGACUCUGCAAGACGACGACGGUGAAGACUCGGUACGUGGUGAUGUCGGAGGAGAUCCUCAAGAACUACCCGGAGCUGGCGCAGGAGGGCCUGCCGACGAUGAAGCAGCGCCUGGACAUCUCCAACGCGGCGGUGACGCAGAUGGCGACGGAGGCGUCGCUAUCCUGCGUCCGGUCGUGGGGCGGCGCGCUCUCCUCCAUCACCCACCUCGUGUACGUCUCCUCCAGCGAGGCCCGGUUCCCCGGCGGCGACCUGCACCUGGCCCGCGCGCUGGGGCUGAGCCCGGACGUCCGCCGCGUCAUGCUCGCCUUCACGGGCUGCUCGGGCGGCGUGGCGGGGCUCCGCGUCGCCAAGGGCCUCGCCGAGAGCUGCGGCCCCGGGGCGCGUGUCCUCCUCGCCACCUCCGAGACCACCAUCGUGGGGUUCCGCCCGCCCAGCCCCGACCGCCCCUACGACCUCGUCGGCGUCGCGCUCUUCGGCGACGGCGCCGGCGCCGCCGUCAUCGGCACCGACCCGGCGCCCGGCGAGCGCCCGCUCUUCGAGCUCCACUCCGCGCUCCAGCGGUUCCUCCCGGACACGGAGAAGACCAUCGAGGGUCGGCUCACGGAGGAAGGCAUCAAGUUCCAGCUGGGGCGGGAGCUGCCCCACAUCAUCGAGGCGCACGUGGAGGACUUCUGCCACAAGCUGAUGAAGGAGCGGGAGGAGGUCGGCGACGACGACCGCGGCCCCGAGCUGAGCUACGGGGACAUGUUCUGGGCGGUGCACCCCGGCGGGCCGGCGAUCCUGACCAAGAUGGAGGGCCGCUUGGGCCUCGGCGCCGACAAGCUCCGCGCCAGCCGGUGCGCGCUCCGGGACUUCGGGAACGCCAGCAGCAACACCAUCGUGUACGUGCUGGAGAACAUGGUGGAAGAGACCCGGAGGAGGAAGCUGCUGGCUGCGCCGGCCGGCGACGGGGAGGACUGCGAGUGGGGGCUCAUCCUCGCGUUCGGGCCCGGGAUCACGUUCGAGGGCAUCCUCGCCAGGAACUUGCAGGCAACCGCGCGCGCCUCAGCUCAGCUCUGAUCAGACUCACACUUCAUGCUUGUUCGCUUGCGCUGCGUACCGUUUGAUUGCUGCUUAAUUUGGGGGAGAAUGCAAAAUUAACCAUUAACGUUGCUCAUGACCAUCAAUGAAAUAAGGAGGCUGGAAAUUCACAGCCCGUCGUUUCAGCAAUUGAAUAGAAUCAACCUCGAAGUUUACAGAUA